UCCCUGUCCAAUCCCUUAUCCCAUGGGUUUGAAAGAUCUUGGCAAACUUGCAGAGUUGAAAGGACGAGGUCUGGUUCUUGACCGUCACUUCGAGACGAUAAAAACACAUGUGAAGGCGGGAAACUCCGUUGCGAAGGAGUGGUGGGACGCCAUCGAGAGCGCAUGGGGGUUGACGCAGAACGGUAUCUUCCACGAAGGAGGGUGGAUUGCGCAGAUUGAUGGUGAAAUCCAGGGCAUUACCAGCAGCACCCGCCUGUCCUUGUCAUCCCAACAAGAUGCCAGCAGCGCACGAGGUGCUGCUGCACCUUCUCAGCACCCACCUGCUGCUGCAGCGGGUACCGCGAGGAGGAAGGUGGAUCGAGGGAAGUUCGCCAGGGAGAGAGCUGCGAAAGGCACUUUUGGCGGCAACAUCUACAACGCGUUCUCGAUUGGCAACGGGCAACCGAUUAAGCGGACUCGUGGUGGAGUGAAAGAGUUCGUACCCGGUAUCAGCUUCCCGCCUCCGGCCCCGGAGUCCCGCCGANAAUUGAAUUCAACAGCGCCACAACUAAGAGCGACUGACACGUCACAUGGCUCGUUGAAUCCCCUACACGGCAACUCCGCCCUUUCCCAUCGCAACGAGCAGAUUAAGCGGACUCGUGGUGGAGUGAAAGAGUUCGUACCCGGUAUCAGCUUCCCGCCUCCGGCCCCGGAGUCCCGCCGAUCCUGCCCUCAUUGUCCCAUGACCUUCGUGAACGAGCAAGGCCUUGGGAUCCACGUGAAAACGCAGCACAGCAGUGCAAACAUGUCCAACAGCGUGCGGCUGCGGCGGAUGCUACGGAAGAAUCUCGAAGGGCGUGUCCUGCCGUGGGAAGAAGCCGGGCCUGGGCGUUGUUGGCACGUGAAGGUCGAUGAUGCGACCGGGGCGGCUUCGUUUGUCCUCCAGCGGAAGCGCUUCCUCGAUCUAGACUUGGAAAGCGACGGCUUCAUGGACCGCGAAACCAAGGAAACACGUGGAGCUCCCAAGCGCAGGCGAUACGACUAUAGCAACAUCGUGAAGUGGGCCAAGGACGAGAAGGCCAUAGUCGCGGCGGCAGCAGACCACGUGAAGAAGAGCCUCCUCGCCAAGCAGCAGCCUAAGCGGUGGUUUCCUGAGGCAGAAAAGAGGCUUUACAAGAUGUUCGUGGAGCGGCGUAAGAGGAAGCUGAAGGUAUCAACCCUGUGGCUGACGAUCACGUUCCGGAAGCCUGUGCGAGAGAUGAAUCCCGGGGACCAACGGGCGGCGGCGUUCCGCGCAUCCUUCAGGUGGGCACGAAAAUGGGUCAAGAGGCACAACCUGUCCAAAAGACGUCGGACCAACCUCAAGAACAAGUCUGUUAAGGAGCGCAUACCAAAGAUCCAGCGCUUCCGCCGACUGUUUCGCAAGCUCCUGCAGGAGCCGGUACGGUACAGGGCGCCCGAUGAGUCGGACGUAUCGGCGAUUACGACGGUCGCAGAGGGGGAGUCCAGGCUUCCCAAGGAUGGCCAAUUCGAGCUCUGGGAACGUUGGAAUGUGGAUCAAGUGCCUUUGGCAUUCGUAAACGGGCUGCACGAUACGUGGGAGGAGCGAGGUGCAAAGCGUGUCACCAUCUCACAGCACUUUCCUGGCCUAGAGAAAAAGCAGUGCCCCAUGCAAGUCAUCUUUGGUCCGGGUGAGAAGACCUUGCGAAUUUCGGUGAUUUUCCGACGCACGGGGAAGCGGAUCUCGCCGUAUGGCUCUUCGGAGUGCACGGACGAGGUGCAGCCAGUUGAUGCAGGAGCCGGACGAUUUUUCAAGGUGGAAGCUGGGAGGCAGAUGGACAUGUGGCUCGAGCAGUCGGACAACCUCGAGAGGUGGGAAACCGCGGCGCUGACAGCUUCUGAUCGGCGGGUACUGAUCACUCAGUGGAUUGGAGCGGCCAUGGCAAGACUCAACAGCCAACAGGCGUUCCGAUUCCGCCUUUUCAAAAAGUGCGGGAUGGCCAUGACUGUGGACGGCUCAUGUGAUGAUCGGAUCACCUUGGAGGGUUUGGACAAGCCGUACACCUUCGCAAACGAUGAAGACUGUAGCGAGGACGAAGAAGGUUUGGAGAACGGCAGCGAUGAGCCUGAGGGGCGGGGGAAGGAGGGCGAUGGACAUGAGACGGUCGUGGAGGGCGCUGAUUCCAGCGAUGAUGAAGACGACGGCGGUAAGAUGGAUUUGCACUAGACCCAAUCUCUGUCAUUUCCUUGUUGAUGACGAUGUCCAUGUUGAUAUUUGCUUGGAUUUUGCUGACGUGCUGUUUCCGCGUUCACGACUACGAGCAAAUAUGAUGGGUUCAUGUUGAGUUUCGGCCGUGACACCGUACUUCUUGUGGUGUUUCACGGUGCCCCGUUCGCAGGCACGUCUCAAACCCAGACCGAUGAGCUAGCUCUUCGACGACGACAGCAUGGACCCACAAGACCCGAAGGACGAGACACAAGGAAUGAAGAUCCCGACAGGCUUUCGUAUUCAAGAAGU